GCUCAGCGGCCAGCCCUCCCAAAACGUGCCGUGUACUAACAGAGACCCUUGCCCUGCCCUACAUGCAAGUGCAGAUGGGUGGGUCCAGAUCGAGGCCGUUUGUUUCAUCGAUGGGUUGGCGCAGUCACCGCAGUUUUCGUCAGCAUGUUUAUCAUCCGUAGCCAGCUUCGCUGGCACAAGCCACUAUCGCAUCGUUCCGUUACGGUACACGAUAAUGCCUUAGUCAGGCAUACAUCCAUAUUUGCUAUGCGCUGCGUGGUGUUGUUCCAUGCUUUCUGGAUUUCAAGUGGAUUGUUCCUGCAGGGAUCUCAAAGGCCAGGUGAUUGGGUAGGGCGAUGUGCACAACGCUGUUCUAUGAAAGUUGACCGUGCGUGUAGCGAAAAUUACAGCGGUGCUUGGGAUAUGAGCGUAUGCGGCGGGUGGGCACCUGAAAAUCUGCAAAAUGGUAUUCCGAGCGACUAUGCAAGCAUGCUGCGCGUUGCCAAAGGCAGCUUGGAUAAGCUGGGUCAGGCUUUUCGAACACGUGCUUCUGGCGAUAUGUUGUGUUACGGCGCCGUGAACUCGGAAGAAACGUUUGAACUUGCCCGGAAGGUAGGCCAACUGUGUGAUGAGUACGUGUUUUUCAGCAAUUUCAGCAAUCCCGAUCUACAUGUGAUAAAAAUAAUGGAUGGCUCAAUGCACGCACCUCAGGGCGGUAAUUUUAUUUCUUCGCUCAACACACCUGUGUUUCUUCCAAUCUUUCGAUACGUUGCAACACAGUUCGCCAAGCGGUACAAAUGGUUUGUAAAGUAUGACAUGGACACCGUCUUUCAACCUGACAAGUUACGAGCAGCGUUGGCACAGCAUGAUCAUGCAGUACCGGGCAUCGUCUUCCCCACUGGAAUGGGCCCUGGAGCGAUCCACAUUGCAUCGCAAUCAGCAAUGGCUCAAUAUGCUGUACAACACACAUCUUGCGAAGACGAGCUGGGGGAGUUUCUUCCUGCUGAAGACGUGUAUUUCAACCCAAUGAUCUGGCACGAAAAUGGAGUCUGGCCGAACGCUUGUAAUUGGAGCAAUGCAGCUUUUACGCUUCCCGAGGAAUUUCAGGGGCGCAAUCUCGAGCCAUGCGAAUUGGAUGCAAUAGCUCAACGAGCUUCUCAGGUGACCCAUGUGGAAGCGAUGCAAAUGGAGACGAGUCAAGAGGCUUGCAAUUUCAGUAUUGAUGAUGUUCGAUCACGCCUAUUUGUACAUAAUGUGAAAAGCCGAGAUGCGUACGACGCCCUUCUAAAUAUCUAAACAUUCUGUCGUAAACUGCGCGGCAUCGUGAUCCUCGGACCGCGGAAUUCUCCUGAUCACGACAGGUCGUGACCGUGGGGGCGUGUAUCCGGCUGCGUUUCGCAGAGAGGGUGUCCGUGGCAGCGUGGACCCUUCCUGCCCGGACCCCUCCGCGCCGUGAGGGCGCACCGGCG